UGCAUCAUCCCCUAAUUUUCUCUCUCUCCCAUCGCCGCUAUCUCUUCAAUCUUCUCAUUCUCUGUAUUUUCGUUUUCAGGCUGCAUCAUCAAAUUUUCUUCGCAAGUUCUUCAACCAUCUACAACUCUCUAUAAUCAGGUAAGUCGUUUCUUCAUCAAAUUCUUCUUCUCCAUUUUUCCGUUUCUGAACAUCUCUCAUCUCUCUUUCUUCUUCGAGUAUCAUAAAAAAAGGACUCAAUUGCAAUUUCGGAUGAGUUUUGCGUCGUGCUACAGUGCCACUGCAAAGAUGGAGUAAUGCUGUUCAAAACGCAAAAAAAGGGCGAUUUGGGAUGCGUUUUGGAGUAUGAUUGGAGGUGUUUUUCACUGCAAAAUUGCGUUUUGCCGAUCGUUGGAGAUGUUAUAGGAUGAAUUUUGGAAUUAAAAAUAGAAAAAAUCAUUCUAGCGCUCUCUUUCUCCUUCCCCUUCUCCGUCGCUCCAUCACCAAAGGCGCCGGCUCCGACUGAGCAGCGUUGCGGCCACCCUCCGGCCUCCACCUGUCCACCACAUCGCCUCAGAGUGCCUCACCGUCUUUCAGAGAUUAAAAGUAUAAAACAGAAUUUUAGUGAACGGGUCGUGAGUGCAACUGCCUAGAGAUGCCUAUCGAAUGCCUUGUGCUCGGCGCCGGGCAAGAAGUGGGGAAGAGCUGCGUGGUUGUGACAAUAAAUGGCAAGAGAAUAAUGUUUGAUUGUGGAAUGCACAUGCGCUACAAAGAUCUUCGCCAAUACCCGGAUUUUUCUUUGAUUUCAGAUUCUGGUGACUUUACCAGUUCACUCUCUUGUGUGAUCAUUACACACUUCCACUUGGACCACAUUGGAGCCCUUCCAUAUUUUACUCAAGUUUGUGGAUACGAGGGCCCCAUUUACAUGACGUAUCCAACGAAGGCCUUAGCUCCACUUGCGCUCGAGGAUUAUCGAAAUAUGCUUGAAAGAGGAGGAGAGAAAGCGCAGUUUACUUCUGAGCAUAUUGCAGAGUGUAUGAAAAAAGUGACUGCAGUGGAUCUAAAACAGACUAUUCACGUUGAUAAAGACCUUCAGAUUCGAGCCUACUAUGCAGGGCACGUUCUUGGGGCUGCAAUGUUUUAUGCCAAAGUGGGUGAUUCUGCUUUGGUAUAUACAGGUGACUAUAAUAUGGUGCCUGAUAGACAUCUUGGUGCAGCUCAAAUUGACCGACUGCAGCUGGACCUUGUUAUAUCCGAGUCAACUUAUGCAACAACAUACCGUGAUUCAAAAUAUGUCCAAGAGAGGGAAUUUCUAAAAGCAGUUCACAAAUCUGUUGCUAGUGGAGGCAAGGUUCUAAUUCCUUCAAAUGCUCUUGGGAGGACUCAGGAACUGUGUAUGCUAUUAGAUGAUUAUUGGGAGAGGACAAACCUUAAGGUGCCAAUAUACUUCUCUUCAGGUUCGACCAUACAAGCAAAUCUGUACCAUAAAAUUCUCAUCAAUUGGGCAAGCCAAAAUGUCAAGGAUACUCAUGCUAGACACAACGCAUUUGACUUCAGAAACGUCAGGAGUUUUGAUCGUUCCUUGAUAAAUGCUCCUGGACCUUGUGUCCUUUUUGCUUCACCUGGAAACCUUAAUGGUGGCUUUUCUUUGGAAAUUCUCAAGCAGUGGGCUCCAUACGAAGAGAAUCUUGUCAUGCUACCAGGAUCUUGUUCGAAUGGAAUUAUAGGAAGCAAAUUGAUGUCAGCCAAGAUACCGACACAAAUCAAGCUUGAUGAGAAUGUCAAAACCGAUGUGCGAUGCCAGAUUCAUAAGUUAGCUUUUAGUGCUCAUACCGAUGGCAAGGGAAUCAUGGACCUUGUUACGUUUCUCUCGCCUAAGCAUGUGCUGCUUGUACAUGGAGAAAAGCCUAAGAUGGCUGCGCUUAAAGAAAAAAUCCAGUCUGAAUUGGGAAUUGAAUGCUGUUAUCCAGCAAACAAUGAAACUGUGACCAUUCCUUCAACUCAUCACAUAGAAGCCGGUGUGUCUGAUGCAUUUCUGCAGAGUUGCCUGACCCCCAAUUUCAAGUUUUGGAAAACCAAUGUUGGCUCGGACGAGAGAACACCUCCUAUAUUGCAGGUUCAUGAUGACCGAGUGGGUCAAGGGAUGUUAACCCUGCAGAAUCCUAGAGUCUUUACUCAAAACGAAUUGAGGGACGUGUUAGGAGUAGAAAAUCAUCAAGUGAAGUUUGCUCAUUGUUGCGCAGCAGCAUAUGAUUCAGAAAUUAGCCAUGCUGCAUCAGAUUGGUCGCCUUCGACGUCUCAAAAGAAUUCUUUGCUGCAGCUGUUGUUCGGAUUAGUUUCCGGAGAUUUUCCCGAUUGUAUUAUGCAUGAUUGCCAAAAGGGCAUUCAGGUUGGGUCGUUUGUCGCCUCUUUGUGCUCGAGGGAAGAAUGUCCGAGCAGCAACUCGGAUGCACUACAUUUUCGCUGUACGUGGUCGGUGACUGACGAGGAACUUGCUUGGAAAGUUAUUUCACUAGUAAAGAAUGUCAAGUUGAGCAGGGAAAGCACUUGAUUCUUUAUGGAUUUCUAGUGACGUUAUUUAAAGCUCCAGUGUUCUUGAUACAAAAGAAAAAAACAAACUUGGAAGGACUAUACUUUUAUGAUCAUUGAUUUAGUGUCACUUCAUCCUUGUUUGUCUAGCUUAUUUGACAUUUGUUUUAUCGAAAUUAAGUUCAAGAAUAUGUUGAAAACAUGCUUUUCAGAUCGAAUCAAGAAAUUCCUGGCAAAUGUUAAACAUGAAAACAAUGUACUAUUAUGUGUAAAAUGAUGGUUUACUACUGCGUUAUGAUUUUAAUAAUUAAUUUACUAUGUUUUGGGUUAUGAUUCAAA